AUUCAUCCUGAAAAACAGAAAAAAACAUUUUGAAACCCUUGUUUGCAGGGGUGGGGUUGCAUUUCACAUCCAUGAAAUGCACUAACCACAGCAUCUCCAUGCUGGCUUGCGCUGGUGGCAUCACCUCAACCUCCACUGGCAACACCCUUGUUUUUCCAGUUUGGAACUUGCUAAAGUUUAAAAAAAAAAAAGUGUCAACUGACCUGAAGUCUUAAUAGAAGCAUUUGAUGUGGGCGUACCCUACAGAAACACUCAAGGUUUACUGAUGAAAGCUCAGCAGAUACUCGAUCAUAAGGAGUUAUAACAACUAAACUAAGACAUUGAAAGGAAAAUACCAGAUGCCACUCUGCAGGACGUAUUAAAUGCCACUUAAUGGAUACAUUUAAAUCCUCCUGAAUCAACAGAGUAACCAGGCAGCAAAGAAGAAACACAAGCCAUGGACAACGUCACCUCUGUGGCUGGGAAUGGCAGCCUGUGCGCCAGAGAUUACAAGAUCACCCAGGUCCUCUUCCCGCUCCUCUACACUGUCCUGUUUUUUGUUGGACUCAUCACAAACAGCUUGGCAAUGAGGAUUUUCUUUCAAAUCCGCAGUAAAUCCAACUUUAUUAUUUUUCUUAAGAACACAGUCAUUUCUGAUCUUCUCAUGAUUCUGACUUUUCCAUUCAAAAUUCUCAGUGAUGCCAAACUGGGAACAGGACCACUGAGAACCUUUGUGUGCCAAGUGACCUCUGUCAUAUUUUAUUUCACAAUGUACAUCAGUAUUUCAUUCCUAGGACUCAUAACUAUUGAUCGCUACCAGAAAACCACCAGGCCAUUUAAGAUGUCCAACCCCAACAACCUCUUGGGGGCUAAAAUUCUCUCCGUUGUAAUUUGGGCAUUCAUGUUCUUACUCUCUUUGCCCAACAUGAUUCUGACCAACAGAAGGCCAAGAGACAAAAAUGUGAAGAAAUGCUCUUUCCUCAAAUCAGAGUUUGGUCUGGUGUGGCAUGAAAUAGUCAAUUACAUCUGUCAAGUGAUUUUCUGGAUUAAUUUUUUAAUUGUCAUUGUAUGUUAUACACUCAUUACAAAAGAACUGUACAGGUCAUAUGUGAGAACGAGGGGCGUAGGCAAAGUCCCCAAGAAAAAGGUAAACAUCAAAGUUUUCAUUAUCAUUGCUGUAUUUUUUAUUUGUUUUGUUCCUUUCCAUUUUGCUCGCAUUCCCUACACCCUGAGCCAAACCCGGGAUGUCUUUGACUGCUCUGCUGAAAAUACUCUGUUUUAUGUUAAAGAGAGCACACUUUGGUUAACUUCCUUAAACGCAUGCCUGGAUCCAUUCAUCUACUUUUUCCUUUGCAAGUCCUUCAAAAAUUCCUUGGUGAGUAUGCUGAAGUGCACCAAUUCUGCAACAUCUCCAUCCCAACAAAAUAGGAAACAAGAACAGGAUGGUGGUGACCCAAGCGAAGAGACUCCAAUGUAAACCACCUGGGGUAAUAUUUCAAUCUAUUAGUAUUUGGAACAUCCAAAAGGAAAGCACUGUGUAAAAAUACUGACUGAUAACGAGUGGAGUAACAGUGACUCUCUAAACAAGUAGCAGAAAACAACAGAAUUUUCAUUUACUUAUCCAGUAUUAAAAGCUAUCUUAAAAUGUAGAAAAAGAAACCUAACAAAUAGAUGUGUAGCAAAACAAACUGUAUCUAAUCAUCAUGGUGACAAGCCAAACUACACAGAAGUCAUGAUUUGUAGAGUGUUGGCAAAGUGGGUGACCAUACAAUACCUACUGUAUUUUAACUAUGUUAUUGAACACAAUGUUAUUAUCAAGUUAUAAUCAACUAAGGAAGAAUGAUAAACCUGAUAAAAAUCGUCUGACUGAAAAUUAUACUAAGAUGUACAUACACCCCAGUCCCUAAAUGCUGAUCUAUUGUGAUACCCAUUAUAAAAAUUUAAGUGGGACACCUUACAAAGAAUAUUAACUACUAACUUAUUAUUAGCAAAAGCCUAAGAAAUUUAAACUAACUGAAAUGGUAAUUUGACUGAAUGUUUUUAAUUUUCAUUAAAAAGAAGUUUAAAAAUACUUUUCCAAUAAAAAGAACAGAAAUAGCAAAGUUAUUAAGUUAUUUUUAUGACAUUCUAAUACCAAAAAACUGAGUAUUUCCUUGAUGCUAGAGAAACCAGUUUUAUUAAUGGUACAAUGCCAUCAUUGCCACUUACCUUUAUUAACUAGCUUCCAGAAACUACCUACUACUUGGGUCAAUGAAUAUUUGCUUCAGUGAGAAAAACAAAUGUGAUUAUGUGGUUGCAAAGCAUAACUAUUAACAGAAAGGUGGUUAAAGUGUUUGUAAUUACUGGUUUGUCACUUGUGUGUAAUUAAAAAAAAUGUAUAUUAAACUCUAAAUCACACUUUGUUGGAAUUUCUUUGUUCAAAGACAUUAGAUACCAUGACUCAUCUUUUAUAUACUCCUAUGUUAAACAUCAAACCCAUUUAAUAAA